CAUGGAUCUAGAUCGAGACCUCCGAUUUUCAAUUUUUAUAUCCAUAGUUUUCUUUAUUUUUAUCAUCGACACUCAUCGAGUGGAGUCCAGAGGAACUUGCCACUACUUUAGUGUCGUAAAGAAAAACUGGGAAACUGCAUUGGACAUAUGCAUGGGAAUGAGCAUGUGCCUGGCAGACUUUGAUACUGAGAAACACUUUCGAAUUCUGAGUUCCCUGACUCUAAGUCACUCGGAGUACUGGUUUGGCUUGAACAGGAAUUUUACAGAGGACUGGAGUUACGUAUCAACCCACCACAGUACCCGUUAUUUGCCACUCGAAAGUGGCUUGAGCGACGAGCAUCAUAACUGUGCAGUUAUAAGGUCUUCGGACCAGGAAACCUUCGGUGUCUGGGCUGCCCGAUGUGAGGAGGAGAAGAUGUUUGUCUGCGCAGAAUCUAUUUUCUGCAUGAAGGAACAUCAGUUCAGCAGAUAUUCGAGUGGCUACAAUUCGUUGCCGAGGCAUGAGGGAAACGCCUGCCGCAGAUAAUUAUUUUUAUUAAGUUAGUAAUCACGCCCAGUCAGAAUAAUUUCUUUGUUAACGAAAAAUGGCUUUCCCAUUCAGUCAAAGUUAAAUUAAUAAAUUUAUGGAGCGGGUAAGU